AUGUCUUCCCACGCCUCUAUCAAGUCUCCUACCCCUGGAUCCUCAUCCACCUCUAGAGGAAAGGCUCCCCAGAGUCUGGCUCAGGAAAUGGAGGACCAGAAAAUGAAGGACGACUCGAGCAGCGAAGACGACGCCGACGAAUCUCAGCCACAGCUCGACAAAAUUAACCACGACUUCAAAAAAAAUGCGAGGCAUGUUCAACCAGAACGCCGCAGCCCUAAAGGAACUCCAGGAACAAGCCCCCAAGAAGUCAAGGAUAUCUUCUUCAGCUUCACAGGCUAUGUCAAGGCCCUAGAAUCCCUCUUCCUUGACCCUGAUGAACAAAGACAGGCUGAGCGAGACCUAUCCCACCUACGACAAACCAAGUCAGCUACACUCUACGCCGCGGAGUUUAGGCGAUUAGCUGCAAGACUCCACAUGACCGAUGAAAGCAAAGUUUUUGCCUUUUAUCAAGGACUUAAGGAUGAGGUCAAAGACGAAAUGGCCAAACUGGAGACACCUCCUAGCUUCCUCGCCUACGUCGAACAUGCUAUUAAGAAGUUCAACAGCCAGCAGAACGACAACAGACCCUGCAACAACUGGAAUAACACCCGCCAGAGCACCGCCUAUAGACAACACAGCAGACCUAUAGAUCUCAGCAUGAUGACCAAACCUAACAACAAGAAACCUUGGAACCCUAAGUGCUACAACUGCAAUAAGUAA